UUUUUUUUUUUUUGUAAAUCAAUCGCUGAUAGAGGAGAGAAAGAAAUCAAUUUCCGAGAAUAUCUGCGUAUGUAGUGGUUAUAUAAUGACUAUUUGUUCAUGUACUUUAUAGAAACUGUUUUAUUGAUACUGAGAUAUGUUCCGCCAAUUACCAACUUACCGAGUUUCAUUACCGACUAAGAAAUAGUUAGGCCGUUAAUAAUUUACUACGGAAAACUAUCGUGCCGAGCGAGAAUCAUGUAUUUCGGAAGUUCAUCGCCUUAUAUAAUAAUCUAGUUACUGGUAUGAGGGAAUAUAAAUUCCAACACGCGUAUUUUUGUUAAGAGGAUGAUCGUGCCGUGUGGAAAACCGAGAACUUUUCGAAGUGUAAUUUAUUUUAAGAGAAGUGUACAUAUUUUUUUAAUGUCCUUCACGACGAGAACAAAAAAAUACAUUUAUUUGAAAAUUACAAAUGCGCUCCGUCUUUUAUCCUAAAAGGUUUGUUUCUAACAAUUUUUAAAAAAUUGCUGAAAAAUAUCUUUUUUACAUAAAAUAUUUCUUUAACGCCACCAUGCUUGGAUGAGGGGACCUCAAAAGGCAAAUGCUUAAUUUUAACAUCAAAUAGAUUACCAUGUACCUAGUCAUCAACUGUACCCAUUGGACGGUUGAAGAUUGGCGAACUUGCAUAUGUUGAGUGAUGACUCGACACCAGAUGGAGCAAUUAUCUCCAUCAUGGCUACCGGCCGGAAAGAAACUUGGAAUUGGAGAGAGACAGCGGAAUUUGAAUCGCGUAAGACCCGCAGUGACGUAGGAAUCAAGACACUUGGCGACGUCACAAUGGCAACAACUAACGAAUUUGGUCCUGAUUCUGGUGGCAGAAUUAAGGGAGUAACAAUAGUGAAGCCAAUUGUGUAUGGCAAUGUAGCUCGCUACUUUGGUAAAAAAAGAGAAGAAGAUGGUCAUACGCACCAAUGGACAGUGUAUGUUAAACCUUACCACAAUGAGGAUAUGUCCACAUACGUGAAGAAAGUUCACUUCAAGUUGCAUGAGAGUUACAACAAUCCGAAUCGCAUUAUGACCAAACCGCCAUAUGAACUCACUGAAACUGGCUGGGGAGAAUUUGAGAUUGUAAUUAAGAUAUAUUUUCACGAUCCUAAUGAACGUCCUGUAACUAUAUACCAUAUAUUGAAACUAUUUCAAACAACACCUGAGAUACAACUGGGAAAGAAAAGUUUGGUAUCUGAGUUUUAUGAAGAAAUAGUUUUCCAGGAUCCAACGGCUUUGAUGCAGCACCUACUGAAUUCUAGUAGGCCUAUAACUCUUGGUGUUUGGCGCCAUAAUACAGAUUUUGAAGCCAAAAAGGAAUCUACAAUGAAAGCAGUGAUAGAAGCAAGAAACAAAAUAAGACUGGAAGUCAUAGAUCUUAAGGAGAAAUUGACAUUAGCAAAGGAGACAAUUGCUAAAUUUAAAGAAGAGAUUGCCAAGAUCUCCAAAGCUGGUGGAAGCUUGUCUGUUGCAUGAUUUAAAGAUUAAAAAAUUUUUUUAAGUCACUAUAGGAAGAGAGAAAGUACUGUUUUCUAUGCUUAAUUAAGGUGUACAUAGUUUUAGUAAAGAAACAAUUAUAAAACAAAUGUAAGCAAUUAUAUGUAAUUUUGUAAUAUUUGUAAUUUUUGUAAUAUAUUAGCGAUUGUAUAUAAAUUCCCAUUAAGCACAAUGAUUCAUUAUCAUCAUAUAAAUUUUAAUUUUUAAUCUUUUUGAUCUGUUACAAAUAAAAAAUAUUUUGAACUCAAAA